ACAGUUAUAUAUUCUUAGAAUUUUGUAAUGGAAGAACGUGAAAGAGCUUGAAAGACAUUUGUUUUAUAUUUAUUAUAAAUUAAAUUUUCAAUUAUACCAAAAUGAGUACAAUAUUAGAAAAGAUUGCCUCAAUCGAGGCCGAGAUGGCUCGGACUCAAAAAAAUAAAGCUACAUCUGGCCACUUAGGUCUAUUAAAAGCAAAAUUAGCUAAAUUAAGAAGAGAACUUAUUACUCCUAAGGGUGGUGGAGGUGGUGGGGAGCAAGGUUUUGAAGUGGCUAAAACGGGUGAUGCUAGAAUAGGUUUUGUUGGUUUUCCUUCUGUGGGUAAAUCUACUUUAUUGAGUACUCUUGCUGGUGUUUAUUCUGAAGUUGCAGCAUAUGAAUUUACAACUCUUACAACUGUUCCUGGUUGCAUAAAAUAUAAGGGUGCAAAAAUACAGUUGCUUGAUCUACCUGGUAUCAUUGAAGGUGCAAAAGAUGGUAAAGGACGUGGAAGACAAGUUAUUGCAGUUGCAAGGACUUGCAGUUUAAUAUUUAUUGUUUUGGAUGUGUUAAAACCACUUGGACAUAAAAGAUUAAUUGAGCAUGAAUUAGAAGGUUUUGGAUUACGUUUAAAUAAACAACCACCGAAUAUUACUUUCCGUAAAAAAGAUAAAGGCGGAAUUAAUUUUCAAACGACGUGUGCACAAUCAGAACUUGAUUUAGAAACAGUGAAAAGUAUUCUGUCAGAAUAUAGAAUUCAUAAUGCAGAUAUUAUUUUGCGUUAUGAUGCUACAUCUGAUGAUCUAAUUGAUGUUAUUGAAGGAAAUCGUGUUUAUGUACCAUGUAUUUAUUUACUCAACAAAAUAGAUCAAAUUAGUAUUGAAGAAUUGGAUAUCAUUUAUAAAAUACCGCAUUGCGUACCGAUUUCUGCUCAUCAUAAAUGGAAUUUUGAUGAUUUGCUUGAAAAAAUGUGGGAAUAUUUACAACUUGUUAGAAUUUAUACCAAACCAAAGGGUCAAUUACCAGAUUAUAAUUCUCCAGUAGUAUUAAACAGAGAAAGACGAACAGUUGAAGAUUUUUGUAAUAAAUUACAUCGAUCUAUCGCAAAAGAGUUCAAAUAUGCUCUUGUAUGGGGAUCGUCCGUUAAACAUCAGCCACAGAAGGUCGGAAAAGAUCACAUAUUAUGUGAUGAAGAUGUCGUGCAAAUUGUAAAGAAAGUAUAAUUUUAUUUAAGAUUUCGUAUAUAAUUAUUUAGAAAAUUAAAUUGAAAUUUUCAUAACUAAUCUCUUGUAAUUAAAAGAUAUUGCAGCUUUUAAAUUUUUUUUUGUUGCUUCAUAUAAAAUAAUGCAUUUUCAUUGUAUUAUAAUAUAAGAUACGUUAAAACGGAAAAAAAAAGAUAUCCUAGAAGUGGUUGAAAAUUUAUUUUUUAUCAUAUAAUUGUGUAAAUUAUUAAUAUUAAUAGGUACAUAAAUCAUUUCAAAUCAUUUUAUUUAUUUUAUAUAAAAUAUCUGUUAUACAACAAAUAACAUAUACAACUGAAUAAGCAACAAA